CUUGACCUUUCUUGACUGCUCAGCCGAAGCUCAGCGGUGAUGACGGACUAUCACUUCCAGAUUCAUACCCUUUCGGGGGAGCUGGUCAGGGAAGUGUCCCUUCCAGGCACGGCGACUGUGCGGGACAUACUCAGCCACUUGCCCGAGGCUCGAUCACCUGUGGACGAUGUGCCACGGCAUUUGAAGCGCAAACUCAUGUACGAAGGCAGACUUUUAGUUGAAGGUGAUGUCUUACAGAGCCUCGAUUUUCCCAAGAAAGUGGUGGAGCUCCAGAUGUUGCAGCAGAGUCCGCAAGUCGAAAUCCUUCGUCAUGGUGAUGCCGCUUUGUUCCAAGGAUGCAAGGGGAUCCAUCUCGCACUCUGUGGGCCUCCUAGAGGUGGUAAGAGUAGCAUCCAGCUUCGCUGUGCAGAGGACAGGUUCAAUGAAGGCUAUUGGAUCCCCGCCAUUGGGAUUGACUUCAAGAAGGUCUAUUUGAUGGUUGACGACGUCCCUGUCUUGAUCCUGCUUUGGGACGAGCCUUCUGGGAAGGAACGCUUCCGAUUGCUGCGGCAAGCCUUUUUUCGGAAGAAGGCGGCAGUCAUCUUAGUGAUCGAUAUUACUAGUGAUGAUCCAUUCUGGCAAGUUGACCAUUUGGUGCGCCUCAUUGAGGAUGAAUCAAUCCGCACCAAAGUGAUGCUUGGGAACAAGCUGGAUUUGGAAUCUGAGCGACGGAUUUCCUAUGAAGAUGCUCGACAUUUUGCCACAGAGCGUGGCUUCCAUUACUUCGAAACCUCUGCCAAGGAUGGCACCAACGUUGCUGAGGCCUUGGGCUUUGCCGUGGUGGAUGUGUUGCAGCAGCCAGCAGGGCCAGCACCUGCCGUGGCGGAAGCCGCGGUGGAGCCAAGAGGACCCUCAUGUACCAUCCAGUGAGCCAUGGAGCGGCCGAGAGCUGCUACAGAAAGGGUGGCAGCGGCGUUUCAUUGUGCUUGAUGUUGAACAUCCAUGACAUGGGUUCAUAAUGGUUCAUAAACUUCAUGAACAUUCAUGAACACUUCUUGCGGAAGUCUGCAAUGCAGAAAUUCUUGCAACGUAUUUCCUUGCUUCAUCUUGCUUCAACCUGCUUGGCCAAUCAGUUUAAUCCAUUUUAAUACAGCAUCCCUGGCAAUGAGUCACCGAAAUGGAACGUCAACCAGGCAAGUCGAGACGGAGAUCCGAAUCCGAGGCUGAGGAGGAAGAAGAAUCCGAGUCAGAAAGCCGAAGAAAAAAGUCCAGCAAAAAGGUCAAAACAAAAGCGAAAAAAACAAAGAAGAGGAAGCGCUCCUCCAGUGAGGAGAGUUAUACCUCCUGAGCUGCCCUAACGGUUUGGAUCGCUGACGACAGAAGC